UUUACCUUUUUAGAUCCCCGAAAAUGCCGUAUGUCUGCGUAUAUGCGUACAGUGGAUAUUAUUCAUUGAAAUACCUAUCUAUGUAUUUCUUGAUGACCGACGAUGUAAAACGGGACCUUUGAAAUAAAUCUUAUAAGUUUAUAUUGUUUUGCGGCGAGAGCAGUCGCAGUGCGAGCUAUACGUGUCACAUAAUGACCUCACAGAUAAGGUUUCUCGGAGUACCGCACACAGCACAGUACACCUCCGCCUCCGCGACAGGAGCGCGCUCGCUCGCGGACCAUUUAUCAAUUGUAUCAUUGUGCUCUAAUCCAGAUCAAUGGGUAUCUGUAGCCGGGACUGUGCAUGAGCCGACAACAGAGCCCCCUGUCUCCGGCUCACGGAACUAUAGCCGAGAUCAAAGGUUGAAACGCGGCGGAUAUGGCAGCAGAGGAGGAACCAGACUCCUUAAAAAUAUAUUGGGAACACUUCUUCAAGGCUGAGACCGGCACUUAUGAGAAGUCGACAUGGCUGGAGCUCUUCCUGGCGGAGUUCCUCGUGCGGCUCCAAGAGGGCGUCGAUGCCAACCAGCUCAUCAAGUUCUGUCCGGUGAGCGGUGUGGUGACGCUGGUGGGGUGCGAGCUGCUGUGCGGCAUCCACCGCGUCACCUCCGCCGCCAACCUGCACCACGCCGCUCCCCCGGCACCACCACCUCCACCACCACCACCACCACCACACGACUCCGGCAACGGCUUCGCCAACGGACAUGAUGUGUGUGAUGGCGGGGUUGAGGGGGGAGCGUGCGUCGCGCGCGCGCCGGCGAGCGUGUUCAGCCGCGCGCAGGCGCAGGCGCAGGCGAGCGGCGCGGUGCUGCGCGCGUACGUGCUGCGCGGCCCCGCCUGGCGCUGCCUCGUGCUGCUGCGCACGCUCGGCGUCGAGGGUCUGUCGUGCUGCCGGCAGCUGAGCUCUGUGCUGGUGUGGCUGUGGGGCGAGCUGGCGGGCGGCGCGGCCAGCCCGGGCUCCACGCCGCCGCGCGCCCCGCACCCGCCUCCCAUACACACGCUCUUCUCGCACAGAAUCUGGGCCAAACAAAAAUUAAAUCAAGCAACUAAAACAAGUUCGAUCGCUUCCUCAGCGAGAUGUUCCACAAUAGGACGGACGAAGCACAACGGCGUCGCUAAACCGGAUUCCUCAGACGCAAAAGGCAAACGACGCUCUCUCAUAGAGUCCGAGCCGUCCACGGAGUCCGCGGACUCCAACGACGAGCUGCACAUACUGAACAAGUCCAUGGCCAUCAAAGUGAGCGCGCCCAGCGAUCACUUCGAGUACUUCGACUCGCCGGUGCGCUCCUCCAACGACUACCACAACGAGAUGCUCUACACGGACCCCUUCUACACCCCGCGCAAGUCUAAACCCAAAGCCGACGACUUCAUGAACGACAAACAUAAGGAAAUUAUCAACACCGAAAUCGGUAGCUUCGACUUCAUGCUCCUCAUCACGGAGCUACUGCAGGAGCUGUGCAAGGCGGAGAGCAGCCUCUCCGGCGCCGAGGGGUCGCAGAUCUCCAUGCAGUGCAUUAACUUUUCCUUGAAGAACCUCUGCUCCCUGCAGUUCGGCUCCAUGCCGGCCCGGGUCAACUACGACGGUGAACAGAUGUCGAGGAUUAAACUGGCCCUCACGGAGCUCCUCAUCGUCUCGCUGGACAAGGUGUUGAUCCACUCGGGUUUGUGUGCCAAACUAAUCAAUAGCGGCGUUCUGCCGAUGCUCCUCAGGAUCCUGGAAGAUGUCAUAUGUAAGUCUAACGCCAAGUAUAGCGCUAGGGAGGACCGCCCCGCUCAUUCCGAAGCCCUGGAAAAGUCGAGCGAGAAGGAAGCGGAAAACUUGCUGAAAUACGUGUUCGGAAUAGCGUACUCUAUUGCGGCCUUCUUCCACUGUCUGUUGAUGCAGUGCCGCACCGUGGACAAGCUCAGAGAGUUCACCGACCAGUUCAAGCUGUACGGGGAAUGUCUGAAAGGAGGCCUUCUCAAGGAGUGCAUAGAGCUGAUGAUCAGAAUUCCUCACGCGGAGGAAGAAACUAGCGUGAUAUUGAUUGAGAAGCUUAUAGAAUGUAUAGGAAAACUGGUGAGCGGCAUGAAGCGCGUGAGAAGCGAGGUGAUCCACUCGGCGGCGUGCGGACGGAGCUGGCACAAGGCGUGCCGGGCGCGCGUGCUCGCCGGCAUGCACCACCACCACGACGUGCUGGGCGAGGCGGGCCCCGGCCUGCCGCUGCCCUCCGCCUGCUGCGUCUCACUGCUCUACGGCACCCUCACGGCCCUCGUCACCGACGACCGGGUCUCGGCGCAGCCCGACCUCAGGACCAAAAUACUGCGAGUGAUGCUCAAGUGCGGCGUGUGCUGUUGCUUCUCCCCCGGCUUCCUGAUGGAGUGCAUCGUCAGGUUGAUGUUGACGCACAACAGCGUCGCGCCGCGAUGUCUCCGGCUCCUCGAGCACACCGUCUACGGCGACCUCGGCUCCAGCAUACUGAUUCCCCGCGUGACGGACCAGCUGCCCUGCUCCAUUUGCGAGCCCUGCGACGACAACAGAGACCUGGGGAGGAAGUAUUGCCACCACGGGGUGAGCCCAAUAGAGAGAAAGAGCGUGUGGUCGUUUCUCAUCCACUACAACUCGUUGCUUCAAUUGGACAACCAUAACAACGUGUUGCACGCGGCGGUCAGCCACCUGCUGAAGGUGACGCCCAAGUGCCGCAUGGAGAUGAAGUACGAGCUGCUAUUCAGCGUCAUCUAUCCCACCUUCAUCGUGUCCAAGCAUCGCUACAUCAUAAAGCGAGAGGAGUCCGCCUACUUCCUGACCGUGUCUUGUCUCAAUAUCUUUGCGAGUCUUCUGAACACGGUGUCUUUCGCAGAACAGUUUAUACAAAAAGGUGGCCUCAGCUACGUCCUCGAAUUGGUAUCGUUGCCGGAAUUUUCCAACCAGUGCUGCGCGAUUCUCGAAAUCGCUAUUAUCGUGGAAAUAUACAAACUGAUGAGGGAGAACGCGGAGCUCACCUACUACCGCGACAUAAGCUCGCUGGCCUCCGUGCGGAUGUUGUUCAAAUGUCUGUCGGAGGUGACCGACAGGUGCUACAACAUAUAUAAACUGCAGCUGCCCGCCGACAAGUUCCAGGAGCUCUGCGAUCUCACCAGGGAGAAGGAAAUACUCGAAAUGAACACGGAAACGGUGGAAAAGAUGUCGAAGACAAGUAACACUUUAGUAUCGAACGACCGAGCCGAGGAAUCGAGCGAGGACUACAUCGAGGUGUUGAAGACGAUCGGCACGUUCUGGAAGUCGUGCGCGGGGCUCUGCCUGCUGUGUCCAAUGUUCCGCGAGCACGUGGCGCGCGCGCCGCUGCUGGCGCACAGCUACGUGCUGCUCAAGCUGGCGCUGCACCGCCUGUGUCACCCGCCCGCACCCGCAGCCCCCGCCGAGACCCGCCUGCUCGUCGCCCUCAUGGAGUCCCUGCUCACCGUGCAGUUCGCCGUCUCUGACACGACGAGCGGAGGGUCGCGCACGGCCAGCUGCGGCGUGGUGCGCAGCGCGCUGCGAGCCGCCACCGCCGCCACCGCCACCCCCACGUGCAGCGGCGCGGGCCUGAGCGCGCUGUGCGACGCCCUCAUCGGCGUGGCAGUGGCGCGCCCCAGUCGCCGCCUCGCCAUGCCGCGUCUCGCCCCCGCUAAGGUGCCGCCGCUGCAGUGCGAGUCGAGCGGCAGCUCCGCGGAGGGCUCAUCGGGCGAGGAGACCGGCCCUCUCGGCGGCUCGCACGCCAGUCCCUACGCCAGCGAGCUCAGCGACCCCCACCCGCCCGACGACGACGGCUACGAGGCGGACGUGGAGGCGGGCAAGCUGGCGGACAAGCUGGCGGGCAAGCUGGCGGGCCGCGACCUCGCGCACACCGCGUCCGUGCUCGGCGGCCUCCCCGACUACCAGUCGCCGAUGGAGGCGCUGUGCGGAGAGCGCGCGGCCCCGGGCCCCGCCCUGGCGCACCCCGAGCUCUGCCUCGUAGUGGUCGACAUCCUCUCGCAGCUCGUCCAGAGGGUGGUGGAGGAGGAGAGCAACAACGGCACGCAGGAGAGCCUGGAGCGCGUCUGCGGCGGACUGGCGCGCGCGCUGGCCGCCAGGCUGGCGGGCGGAGGCGCGCCGGCGGGCCUGCUGCGCCGUCUGCUCGCCCCGCCCGCCGCCGCCCUGCUGCGCCGCACCGACCCUCGCCUCGCAGAACUGCAACACAGCAUAUUGGAACUAAUACACGUGGUGGCCUCCCAGAGCGUGGAGCCGCGGGAGCUGGCGGCGCUGCUGCGGCUGGCGGCGGCGGACCGGCCGCCGCUGGGCGCGCUGCUCUCCGCGCUGCGGCGUCUCCUGGCGCACGCAGACCCCUGCACGCCGGACUUCGCGCUUCAAUUCCCCCUACCACUCCACCCCCGCUCCUCCGACGGUGAGAGUCCACUUAAGCAUCAAAAGUUCACAAUCCGACUUGUUGCAAGGAACCGUUCGCUUGUUGCUACAGAUGCGAGGGCUCCGUGCGGCGCGGGCGCGGCGCGCUGCACCGUGGACGGCGCCAACUGGGGGCCCUGGCUGCAGGGCUUCGCUCUCGUGCUAUGGCUGCAGCCGUUACCAGAGGCUAAGUGCGAAGACUACGACGAGGUGGACAGAGCGGCGCCGAUGGGGGAGGAGGCGGAGGAGACGAAGGAGGCGGUCGGGGAGCGAGGCGAGGCGGGGGCCGCGGUGCACGUGCUGUCGCUGGGCCAGGACUCGCUCACCUUCGAGCUGUGGCUGAACGUCGCUACAGGCGUGCCGUCGGUGCGACUGUCGCGCGGCGAGGGCGUGGGCGUGGGCGUGGGCGGGGGCGUGGCGGAGUGCGGAGGGGGCGGGGCGCGCGCGCUGUGCGAGGGCAGCGCGGCGUGCCGGCUGCGUGCCGCGCGCUGGUCCUGCCUGGCGCUCAACGUGCGCGAGGCCGUGCUGCGCCGCAAGAUACACAUACAGGUUACAUUCUACCUGAACGGGCGGGAGUGCGACACCGUGUCGUUACCUUUACAAGGCAUCUUGGUGCGCAAGAUGUCGGCGACGAGCGUGUCGCUGGGGCAGGUGGGGGUGGGGCCGCUGGCGCUGUACCGCGCGCCGGUGCUGUCCGCGCCCGCCGCGCUGCACCUCGCCGCGCACGGCCCGGACCACGCCUGCCAGGUGAUGUGCGAGGAGCCCAACUACUCUGCUAUAUUGACGCCCGACGUGCUGGACAUGAACGUGGACUGGGAACAGGUGUUCGAGAUACCGGCGGCGGCGCUGCGCGAGCUACACGACCAGCUGCUGGCCACGUACUCCGCGCACGCGCACGAUCACGUCAACCUCUACCAGCAAGUGUCCGCGCCGCAGACAGUGUCGGGGUUCAGCGGGCGGGGCGGCGGGUGCGCGGGCAGCGGCGUGGCGGACACGCUGCGCGUGCAGUGGAAGGCCGAGGCGCGCGUGCAGCGGCACCGAGGCUUCGCGCCCGCGCUUCUGCUGCUCGGCGGACCAGAAAUACUGCUCUACUUAUUUGCGAGGGUGGUGGAGGCGGGCGGCUGCGCGGAGCAGCAGGCGGCGGCGCUGGGCGUGGCGCUGCGGGCGGGGCGCGCCGACGCCCGCCUGCACGCCGCGCUGUACGCGCGCGACGCGCUGCAGCUGCUGCUGCCCGUCCUGGCCGCGCCCUCCUGCAGAGUCUCGCACCACAUGCUCAAGGAAAUCCUGGACGUGGCGUGCACCGGGUCGCUGCUGAGCGUGAGCGGGCAGUCGGUGCGGCUGGCGGCGCGGGCCGACUGCGCGCUGCGCGAGCCGCGGCUGCUGCUGCUGCUGCUGCGCGCGUGGCCGCACCUCCACACCGUGCAGGUGUCGUGGGAGGUGGAGGGGGGCGAGGUGACGGAGAACGGCUCGCUGUGGGCGCUGGCGCUGGAGGCGAUCUGCGCGCUGCUGCGUGACGGCCCGCGCCGCGCUUUCAAUCAGCACCAGGCGGCGCGCGCGCACCUGCUGCGGCACCUCCUGCUCGCCUGCAAGGAACGGUUCCUGAACUCUGAUAGCGGGCCGCUGAGCACGUCGGCCAGCAACAGCCUGGUGGAGCUGGUGCGCGCGCUGGUCGGCACGCCGCCGCUGCCCGCGCACCUCGCGCUGCUCUGCGACUUCCUGCUGCUCAUGCACCAGGCGAGCGAUACCUUCGUGACGCACUCCCGCGCCAACUUCUACUUCCUGCUGACGGCGGAGUCGCCGGAGUCCAGCGAGUUCAACUUCCUCACUUUCAUUAACAAGCGCAAAAACAAACAGCACAAACUCAGAAGGAGUUUGGAGAGGCUCGCGCUCAACGACCCCCCCGAGGGAGUCGAGAGCUCGGAGGGUACGGAGGGCGCGGAGGGUGCCGCAGAUGAUACGCACCGCGCCCACAACACCAAGCACAUGAAGGGCCUCAUCAACGCACACAUCAGGGACAGCAGAAAGGAAAAUGGCGCGGCUUCACAAACCAACGGAACUCCUGUAGGUGCAAGUGACGCGGUGGGUGAGGUGGGCGAGGUGGGUGAGGUGGGUGAGGUGGGCGAGGUGGGCGCAGUGGGCUCGGCGAGCGGCGGCGGGGGCGCGGAGGCGCUCAGCGGCUACGUGCUGGUGGACGAGGACGAGCUGCGCCACACCACAGUGGAGCUGUACACCGGCGGCAUCUACCACCAGAGACGCGUGCGCGCCGGAGCCGAGCCGGGCUGGACGGCGUGCGCGGGCCUGCUGCUGCUGCUGCGCGACUCGUUGGCCGCGCUGCCCGAUCACCUACUCGCUCAGACGGUGUGCGGGCCGGUGCUGGCGGAGAGCCUGGUGGUGCUGGCCAACCACCGCACGGCGUGCGUGCGCGCGGCCGUGGUGCGCUGCGUGUGCGCGCUGCAGCGCCGCGCCCCGCGCGCCCUCGCCGCCACCGCCACCGCCGCCGGCGCGCACUACUACGCGCACCUCGCCGAUCAGAUAUCCCUGUACCCCGGCUCGUGGGAGCUGGCGACGGCGUGCGCCGCGCUGCUCACCAAGUGCGAUGUGCCUUUAGAGGAUCAACUGGACGAUGACAUCUGGGUGGAGCUGGGGGAGGAAGCGGCACAGCGCGGCGCCCCGCUGCUGGCGCUGCUGCCGGCAUGCCUGCACUCGGUGCCGCUGGCGCACAAUGUGGCGCUGCUGCUGCGCCGGCUCGUGGUCAAGGUGUCGCUGAAGGCGCUGACGGAUGUGGCGCUGGCGGAAGUGGUGGUGCGGGCGGUGCGCGACGUUGGCCGCAUGGACGAGGAGUUCGAGGGUCGCGACCUGCUGCUGGAGGACCUGUACGACCUCCUCAACAAGGUCGCCGUCAAGGCGCUCGCCAGCAACCACACCAUGCAGAGCGCGGUGGACAUCCACCAGCAGCUGCGGUACGUGGCGGGCGGUGCGCGGGGGAGGGGCGCGGCGGGCGUGCGCCGGCUGGCACGCGCAGCUGAGGCCGCGCUCUUCGCCGCGCAGCUCGACCACCUGGAGGCGCACCUCGACCACUGCUACGCCACGCACAACAAACACACCAACUAUUUUGCCAACGUGCUGGGCGGCGCGGAGAGCGGACGCGCGCGCUCCGAACUGUGCGCGCGCUACAGCGGCACGCUGGCCCGCGCGCUCGCCUUCCUGCUGGCCCGCUCGCCGCGCGCCGCGCUGCACGCCGAGGAGCCGGGCGCGGCGGGCGUGCGCCGGCUGGCACGCGCAGCUGAGGCCGCGCUCUUCGCCGCGCAGCUCGACCACCUGGAGGCGCACCUCGACCACUGCUACGCCACGCACAACAAACACACCAACUAUUUUGCCAACGUGCUGGGCGGCGCGGAGAGCGGACGCGCGCGCUCCGAACUGUGCGCGCGCUACAGCGGCACGCUGGCCCGCGCGCUCGCCUUCCUGCUGGCCCGCUCGCCGCGCGCCGCGCUGCACGCCGAGGAGCCGCUCUUCCGCCGGCUGCUCGACACGCUCCUGCUCGGAGCGAGCGGGUCGGGCGAGCAGCGCGCCAAGUGGUGGGCGGGGUGGGGAGCGGAGUGCGCGGCGCAGCUGCAGGAGCUGUUCUGGUGGGCGGCCAGCCCGGCGGCAGGCGCGCGCGCGCUGCAGCCGGCGCUGCUGCGGGCGCUGUACCGCGCGCCGCGGGCCGCCCUCGCCCACCUCGCGCCCAAGGAUCCCACGGGCAUGCAUAAGCUAUCGGCGUACCUGCUGAUCAUGCUGCAGCACGUCCACGCCGCAGGCGACGCGGGUGGCGCGGGCGUGGAGCUGGCCAUCACGGACUGGGCGCGCGACUGGGCGGUGGCCACGCAAGCCGGCCUGCCCGAGCGGAUGCCGUGCGACGCGCUGCCCGCGGAGGCGGAGCGCUUCCUCGCCGAGGACGAGGAGCGCUGGACUAAGGCCAGCACCGGGCCGCGCCAGCGCGCCGCCGUCGGCAAAGCGGUGUUCACGCGCGAGGGUCUGGCGGCGCGGUGCACGGAGAGCGCGAUGGCGGUGACGCGGCGCGUGGUGGAGGCGCAGAACUGCGAGCGCAAGCAGUUCCUGGAGCACCUGCGUCGCGCGCACGCCGCCGCCGCGCUCGCCGCCGCGCGCUGGCGCCGCCUCAUCGACACGCACACGCACGAGCGCGGCGUGUGGCACAACCCUAGCGGCUGGCCGGCGGCGUGGCAGCUGGACAGCACGGAGGGGCCGGGACGAAUCCGCGUGCGGCUGCGGCGCGCACACCUGCGCAUCCCCGCGCGCUGCUUCCAGCCCCACGCGCGCUACAAGGCCGAGGUUGCUCUGCAGCCGGGACCGCUGCGCAGCGUGCUGGGGCCGCUGCUGAGCGGCGCGCGGCACGGCGGGCUGGCGGCGCGGCUGCAGCCCACCGAGAGCGUGGCUUUCAUGGCGCGCGUGCACCACGUCACCGUCGACCGCGAGACCAGCGGCGAGCUGCUGCUCAGCGACCGGUCCGCCGUAGCUCUGGAAUUGCUCCCCGGGAUGGGUGACAACGCUGCGGAAUGCAGUAUCGGAUACUGGGCGCUGGGCAGCGUGGCGCGCGUGUGCCCGCGCCGCUGGUGCCUGCAGGAGCGCGCCGCCGAGCUGUUCCUGCUGUCGGGGCACGCGCACCUGCUGGCCUUCGCCGCCACCGCCGAGCGCGAUGCCUUCCUGCGCGCGCUCGACGCCGCACAUCUGCCCAACAGAACCGAGCAGGAGAGUCUUUCGGACGUGAUGAACCAAUGGCGUAACGGCACGAUCACCAACUGGGAAUACCUGAUGGCGCUGAACGGGCUGGCUGGACGCUCCUACAACGACCUGAUGCAGUACCCCGUGCUGCCGUUCAUCAUCGCCGACUACACCUCCAAGAUGCUGGACCUGCACGAGCCCGCCUCCUUCCGCGACCUCAGCAAGCCCAUGGCCGUGCAGAACAAGAAGAGGGAGCAACACUACAUCAACACGUACAACGACCUGAAGGCGGCGCGGCGCGAGGGCUGCAGCCCGCUGCUGUCGCGGCAGCCGCACCACUACGCCUCGCUCUACUCCAACUCGGGCGGCGUGCUGCACUACCUCGUGCGCGUGCCGCCCUUCACGGAGCUCUUCCUCAACUACCAAGACAACAACUUCGACAUGCCGGACCGCACGUUCCACUCGUUGGCGACGACGUGGCGCCUCAUCACGCACGACUCCCCCACCGACGUCAAGGAGCUCAUCCCGGAGCUCUUCUACCUGCCCGAGAUGUUCUACAACGAUGAAGGGCUGGAGCUGGGCGUGCGGCAGUGCGGCGCGCGCGUCGACGCGGUGGAGCUUCCGCGCUGGGCGGCGGACGCGCGCCUCUUCACGCUGGCGCACCGGCAGGCGCUCGAGGCUCCGCUCGUCACCGAGCGCCUGCCGCUCUGGAUCGACCUCGUCUUCGGCUACAAGCAGACCGGCCAGGCCGCCGUCGACGCCAUCAACGUCUUCCCCGCCUGCACUUACUACGGCUUCGACCCGAGCGUGCACGAGGACGAGGUGGACCGCACGGCGGCGCAGGCCAUGGUGCGCACGUACGGCCAGGCGCCGCGCCAGCUGCUGCGCGCGCCGCACCCACACGCCGCGCCCGACCUCGCGCCGCGCACGCAGGUACGCACGCGCACGCGCACGCUCACCACCGCGCGCUCCAACACACCGCAAGUAUAUCCACUGCACGUUGCGUUCGUGUGCCGGCAGACGGAGGUGAUGGCGGGAGUGUCCGGCGUGCGGUGGGGGCGCUACUGCGGCUCGCUGGAGCUGGGCGCGCCCGCGGUGGCCGCGCGCCGUCAGCUGGCCGCCGCAGCGCGCCUCGUGCCGCUGCCCGCGCCGCACGUGCGUGCCGCCGCCGCCUGCGCACACCACUGCGCACCUCUGCCCUACGAGGAGGGGCCCGGAGGCGGUGCGGGGGGCGGGCUGGCGCUGCUGACGUGGGGCCACGCUGACGGCGCGCUGCGACUGCGCACGCGCCGCGACGCCGCUCCCGUACCUCUGCUGCACCUGCCGCCACUCGAACGAGUAACUCAGGUGAGCACAUGCUGCACGGUGGGGUCGUGGUCGUGGCCCGCCUUCGUGGGACUGUCUUCGGGGCGCGUGCUGGCGCUGCGGCCUGCGGGCACGACCGGCGGGGCCGGCGCGCGCUGCUCCGUGCGCCAGCUGCUGGCACACCGCGCGCCCAUCGCCGCCCUCUGCGUGUGCGCGCGCGCCACGCUGCUCGUCUCCGCCGACACCACCGGCCUGCUGCUGCUGUGGGACCUCAACCGGCUGUCGUACAUCCGCACGCUGCCGAACCGCGAGCGGCUGCCGGUGACGCAGGUCGCGGUGAGCGAGACGCUCAGCGACGUUGCGUCCGUACACGAGUUGCAACCUGCCGAGCACACCACCGAGCACACCACCGAGCACACCGCCGAGUGUGCGGAGGCCGCGCCCGAGGACGGCGAGGCGGACGGCGACGCUUACGAGCGGGACGCGCCGCACAAGUACCAGUCGCUCAUCCGCGUGCACACCGUCAACGGACGCUUUGUUGGCAGCGUGAAAGUGUCGGAAGUGGUGACUUGCAUCUGCUACUCGAACGCGCCGGAGGGCGCCAGCGUGAACUGCAUCGCGGCCGGCCUGCGCUCCGGCGAGGUGCGCCUCUACAGCAGCUGGGACCUGCAGCUCGUGCGCACCCUGCCCGCGCCCCAAGCAGCGCCCGCGCCGCUGCUCAGCUUGUCGUACAGCGAGGACUCGCUGGUGCUGUUCGCGGCGCACGCGGGCGGGCUGCUGCUGGCCUGGGAGGCGCCGCAUGCACGCGCGCACCCGCCGCGCAUCGUGCUCGCCACCGCCCUGCUCUGACGCGACACCUCACACACCUCUGCCUCACCUCUAAUUGUGCCAAAACAAUCUUAAAAACAUAUCCAAAAUAUUAAGUAUAUGUUUUAACUUUUACAUAUAAAAUAAAAAAAGUACACUAGUGGAGUGGAACAUGAUGUAUGUACUGUGUAAAUCUUGUAAUUUAUCAUGACAAAUACUUAUAAUAAUUGUAUGUAUUCUAUAUCUUAAUAUGAACCGGAGUCUUCCCGAUAAGCAAUAUUUAGUGAGUCCGUUUGAUAGUACGCCCCGUAUACAAUAUAGUUAUAUACAUUUAUGUUAUUCUACUACUAUUUAAAUAUUGUAAAUAUGGUAAUGUUUAGUUUUGUCCAUUAAUAAAUUGUUUUAUUUUGUAUUGAGUGAUAUCCAUCCAACCGCCGGCGCAUAUCACUGCUCGGAAACUACUUAUUUAGGCAGAUAAGAUAUUUUCCUCUGCGAUAAUCGGAUAAUUGUUAACCUUAUUUUCCGGUAACUGUUCCAGUCUCAUAUUAUAAUAUACCUCCGAUCAAAGUAAUCAUUUAUUUUAUUAUCACAAACUUAGAUAAUAGUAAAGAAAUAUUU